AUUACCGUGAGCUCUACUAUUACACAGAGCGCUGCAACUACUAGUGCCAGAACUUCAAAAACGCGUGGACGACAUCCAUUACGAGAUAACUGAGGAGAAGACUCAUUAAAAGUUCAUUUCUUCAUAUGAUACGGUAAUCGACAAGCGCAGUACUCCCCGUGGAUUAAUCAUUGUGUCUGAUGGACUUUUCCUGCCUCGAGCCCACAGCAGGAAGUGGGCAGGUGAGACGCACCUGUUCAGCACGCACUCAAAACUGAUUAAAGACAACUGUGCUGGGCAACAUUUUGGAUAUCUGCAUGAUAACAGCAUUUACAUAAAUGGCGUUAUCAUAUAAAACAACUGUUCGUCGAAAAAAACAAGAUGGAUUUAAACCUGAACUGUAGCUACUUAAAAGCCGGAUUAGGUGUUUUGUUUUAAAAGCCUCGAUCUCUAUACAGGUGGCACGUGAAAGUGUUUGCACGUUGUUGUUGUUGUUAUGGGGAACCAAGUGGAUAAACUUACACAUUUAACUUAUGAUGAAUUACCCACGACUGACCCCAAUGGGUUUGACCCGGAGGACGACACGCCACGGAUCGGUGUGUCUUAUAUUUUCUCCGCUGACGACGACGAACAGGAGAACGUGGAUGAGACGGAAAGAGAUCCGGACGAAGACGACAAAAACUACGACUGUUUCGAUGAAUUACAAUGCUCGCUAUAUUAUCGAGAUGAGUGCAUUUAUGAGAAGAAUAGGGUGUUCGUUGAAAUUGGAAACUUGUCGGUUGAGAACUUGCUGAAUACGUGCAAACCCGGUGACCUGGUGGAAUUUGUGGCCAUCGGGCAAUAUCCACACUGGGCUGUAUGUGUUGGUAAUUCACAGGUGGUUCAUUUGUAUAGGAACGAAAUUAAACGAGACUUUCUUUUCGAGGCAAGUCAAGGUAAAAAAGGCAGAAUCGUGAACGAGCUGUAUAAGUUUCGGUCGCUGAGCCCUGAAGUUGUGGUCCGUAAUGCCAUGGAGCAGGUCGGCAUGAAGGACCGGGAUAUUUGCUGGAAAAGCUCUGAAUGCUUCGCCGCCUGGUGCAGGUUUGGCAAACGCGAGUUUAAAAUUGGAGGUGAGAUACGAAUUGGGAAGCAGCCCUACAAGAUGAAACUGCAGCUGUCAGAGAAGAAAAGUCACAUAUUGGACUUUCAGAGUUUGGAGGAUAUAAUCAUGGAAAAGAGGAGAAAUGAUCAGAUUGGCAGGAAUGCUGUCGUUCAAGAAUUGGAGAACCAUUUAAACUGCACUGAAGACACUAAAAACGACUACAAUAGUAACUGAUGGAUCUUAAGGGAACUUCACUUGUGUUGUGGGCAAACUGUGUCUCGUUACUGAGAAAAGUUUUUUUUUGUAAUGACUUUAACCACAGCGAUGUUGUAAUAAAAAAGAACAUUUGUUAAAAAAUAACUUUUAUAAUUGGACAAAGUUUAUAUUUACAUAAAACGAUAAUCUUGCUCCAGGCAUAUUUUCUCAUUUUUGUAAUUAUGCAUUACUUUUUGUGUUUAUAUCCAAGAUACAUUCUGGAAACUUUUCCAUUAGUGAUGUCAUUUGAAGUAUUUUGUUCAAGGGUGUUUUUGGAGUAUUUUGUGUUAUUGUUGUGGUCGAGUGUGUUUUCUUAUUAUAAUUUCAAUGUCUCAUUAAAACAUAUGUGCAUUUUUAUUUAAGAUGUUUUUUGAGUUCAGUAGCUUUGAAUCCGUUAAACAGCACUUUUUAAUUUACUAACACUAACCAAUUUGUCCAAUUCUCUACAGAUAGUCAAUUUAUUUAUAAAUGUAUAUAAACUUUCAGUGCAUAUAAACUCUUCAACUUUGUGUGUGUGUGUGUGUCUUUGAGAUAUGACUCUUGAUUCCAUCAUAUGCUUUUUAUGACUUCCGUCCAAGCGUUUGUCAAAAACAUCCUAAAGCAAACAAUGAUUUAUGAAUAUGAUUAACAUUCCUUCAUCCUACCAUCAAGCGUUUAGAAAUUUACAGAUUGUUUGCUUUGUUCAUCUAAAGGUAUGUGUUACAGGAACCAAUAACACAGGUGGAAGUAUCCCAAGUUUUCUCAUUCAUGUGUAUACACAAGUUUGUGUAGUUUUCUAACUGCAAUUGCCUGACUUGAUAGUCAGCCUAUGUUCAUUUAAUAAUGCUAAGAAAAACAACUUGAAUUUGACUCUGUCCUCUUUACACUAUGAUCAUAAGGCCAAGGUCUUUUAUAUGGUUUAAUUUGUUUCCAAACCUAUCUGCUUUAGGAAAUUACCAAAAUCAGUUUAAGAUAAGGGAUAAAAGUGAUCAUAACA